ACAGAAGAACUUGAUGACCAUACUAAGAAGCAGCCCUUUCUCACCACCCGGUGACUGUUGUAGCUGUAUCCAGCAGCUCUAGCUUUUUAAAGGAAUUUCUGAUUCAGGCACUAACAGCUAAUUCCACAGGAGUCGUAAGGCAGCCUGUGACAUAAACUGAGACACAAGUUUCCCCACAGAGACUGUCUUUUUUUUUUGUUGUUGGCAAAGACUUCUGGCUCUCCUCAGAGGAAUACCUUGUUGCUUAAGAUGAGUGGCUGUAGAAAGCGGUGUAAACGUGAAAUAUUGAAAUUUGCCCAGUACCUUCUCAGACUAUUAACAGGUUCUCUUCAUACAGACAGCGUGGAAGAUGAACUCGAAAUGGCCACCGUCAGGCAUCGGCCUGAGGCUCUUGAGCUUCUGGAAGCCCAGAGCAAAUUUACCAAGAAGGAGCUCCAGAUUCUUUACAGAGGAUUUAAGAAUGAAUGCCCCAGCGGUGUUGUUAAUGAAGAAACCUUCAAAGAGAUUUACUCUCAGUUCUUUCCACAGGGAGACUCUACAACAUACGCACACUUUCUGUUCAAUGCCUUUGAUACGGACCACAAUGGAGCUGUGAGUUUUGAGGAUUUCAUCAAGGGUCUUUCCAUUUUGCUCCGAGGGACAGUACAAGAAAAACUCAACUGGGCAUUUAAUUUGUAUGACAUAAAUAAAGAUGGCUACAUCACUAAAGAAGAAAUGCUUGAUAUCAUGAAAGCAAUAUAUGACAUGAUGGGUAAAUGCACAUAUCCUGUCCUCAAAGAAGAUGCUCCUAGACAACACGUGGAAACAUUUUUCCAGAAAAUGGACAAAAAUAAAGAUGGGGUGGUUACCAUAGAUGAGUUCAUCGAAAGUUGCCAAAAAGAUGAAAACAUAAUGCGCUCCAUGCAGCUAUUUGAAAAUGUGAUUUAACUUGUCAACUAGAUCCUUAAUCCAACAGACAAAUGUGAACUAUUCUACCACACUUAAAGUUGGAGCUAUCACUUUUAGCAUAGAUUGCUCAGCUUUACACUGAGGCAUAUUAUGCAAACAAGCUUUGUUUUAACAUAAAGCAAUCCCCAAAAGAUUUGAGCUUUCCAGUUAUAAAUUUGCAUCCUUUUCAUAACGCCACUAAGCUCAUGGGAUGUUUUAAAAGUCAUUUCAUACCCUGUGGAUAUUCAAACGUAAUAGAGCCUGGCAUAGUCUUUUUGAUUCUUUAGCCAUGGGAUUAUUGAGGCUUUCACUUACCAAAGUGAUUUUAAAAUAGCAGUGUUUUUUGCUACACAUUUGUAUGGAUUCAGCCCCAGGAUUUUAAAUGGUUUUCUAAAAUACUGGCAUCUGCAUUUAAUUUCCAGAAAUUAAUUUAUUGUUUGUAUGCUAUAAUCCCGUUUAUGUACUGUAAGUGAACAACAACAAAAAAAAGGUGACAACUGAAAUUAUCAAACACAUAGUCCCAGCUUCUAUGGAUUUGCUGCCUUAUGUUAAAGACUUUAAUUUACCUGGCAUCUUUUAUAACAUUAAACAGUUUACAAGAUGUCAGCAUAUGUCUAAUAAUGCCUAUUUAAUAAGCAUUUCUUAGUUUUUUCAUAAUACAUAUUACACCCAAGGCCUACAUAAUCUAUAUAAUUUUGGACUUGUUC